GGCGGCGGCCGCCCCUGGCUGGCGGGGGCGGCGGGGCCGGGCCGGGCCCGCCACGAUGCCCCGGCGGAAGCAGAGCCACCCGCAGCCGGUGAAGGCAGACACGCUGGUGGGGAAGAUCGCCAUCCCAGCCUACGCGCUGAGCGACGACGACUGCUCCUCUGGCUACCAGCAGCUGAGCGUGGAGAGCGACCCUGAGGAAGGGGGGGAGCCCAGCCCCACAGCACUGCCCUGCCGCCAGUGUGGGCUGCAGCUGGCCGCCAGCCUGGGGCAGAGCUGCCUACAGUGCGCAGGUGCUGAGGGGGGCCGCAGCCAGCGCAUCGUCUACUCCUGCCAGCUCUGCCCCUUCGCCUCCCACUAUUCCAGCCACCUCAAGCGCCAUAUGAAGACACACAACGGUGAGAAGCCAUUUGCAUGCCCGCAGUGUGCCUACGCCUCUGCCCAGCUGGUGAACCUGACCCGCCACCUGCGCACGCACACGGGGGAGAAGCCCUACCGCUGCACAUGCUGCAGCUUCGCCUGUAGCAGCCUGGGCAAUCUCAAGCGCCACGAACGAGUCCACAGCCAGGACAAGCCCUUCCAGUGUGCCACCUGCGACUACCGCUGCAACCAGAGCCGCAAUCUGAAACGGCACAUGCUCAGUCACCGCCUGCCCGAAGGCGAGGGGCCGCAUCGGCGUGACAAGGACCCAGAGCCGCUGCUGCCGGAACUGAGCCUGCACGUGGGCAACGGCAGUGGCCCCUUCCUGCCCGGCUGCGCUCGACUGCGGGGCGACGAGACAGCUGCGCUGCCCGAGCUGCUCUUUCCCUUCACGUGCCGCAUGUGCGGGCUGGUGCUGGACGACGGCUUCACGCAGGAUGAAGGCCUGGCUGAGCAGGUCUGUGGGCGCUGCAGCCUGGCAGUGCUGGGCACCGAGCCAGGUGCCAGCCCCCGCAAGAGCACCGGGGACAAGGGCUUUGCCUGCAGCCUCUGCCCCUUUGUCACCCACUACCCCAACCACUUGGCACGGCACAUGAAGACGCACAGCGGGGAGAAGCCAUUUGCCUGCCCGCUCUGCCCCUACGCCUCUGCCCACCUUGAUAACCUGAAGCGGCACCAGCGAGUGCACACAGGCGAGAAGCCCUACAAGUGCCAGCUCUGUGACUAUGCCUGCGGCAACCUGGCCAACCUCAAGCGCCACGGGCGCAUCCACUCGGGUGACAAGCCCUUCCAGUGCAGCCUCUGCAGCUACAGCUGCAACCAGAGCAUGAACCUGAAGCGGCACAUGCUGCGGCACACGGGCGAGAAGCCCUUCCAGUGCCGGGACUGCCCCUACACUACUGGCCACUGGGACAACUACAAGCGCCAUCAGAAGAUCCAUGGCCACACGGCUGAGAGCUGGGUAAAUCCACGCAAUGCCAAAGCCCUCUUGGCCCCUCCUGCCGUGGGCGCAGCAUUGCCCUGAGACAGCACUUAGCCCCGCGCAGGGGCACCUGGCCCCAUGGAGGGACUCGGCCCCGCAUGGGACCCCGGGGUGCCUUGGCUGUGGGGCAUCCCGGCCAUGGGCCUGCCGCAGCGGCCCUGUCCUCCCUGGGGGAGGGACGGCAGAAACUCCACUGCCUUAUUCAGGGCCAGCUGCACUGGGGGCAGUGGGGACCAGGUCUUCAGCCCUUUCCCCUUUGCCUUGGGGCAGGGCAAAGCUGUGGCCAGCGGUUUUACCCAGCUCUGGUACACCCUAGCCAGCAUGGCCACGAUCAGUUAUAGCGGUGGUGCUGCGUCUCUGGGGAGGGUCCCUGUUCCUGCCUGUCAGAGCCUUCCUCAAACGGAGUUUGGGGGAAAAUGGGGUGGGGGGGAACAGGACUGGCUCCGUGGCUGUUGCCAUGCCGGUCAGUGUAAUUUAUAUUGUGUAUAAAAGCAUUAAACAGUCAGUUUUGUUA